GACUUCUAAAUGAGUUUAAAUCCAGAGAAAAAGACACUGAAUAUGAGAUUAACUGCAGAGUGUUUGAGUUACUUGCUGAAAUCACCUUGUCUCUCUCUUUGUGUGCCCUAGCAGGAAGUGUGCCAUCCCCCAAUGCCCCUCUGAAGAGGGUGUUGGCAUACACAGGCUGCUUCAGCCGCAUGGGCACCAUCAAAGACAUCCACCUGUACCUGUCCCAGAGGCUCCGCAUCAAGGAAGAAGACAUGAGACUGUGGCUGUACAACAGUGAGAACUACCUCACCCUCCUGGACGAUGAAGAUCACACACUUGAAAGUCUGAAGAUUCAUGAUGAGCAGCAGCUAGUGAUUGAAGUCAGGAACAAAGACAUGAGCUGGCCUGAGGAAAUGUCAUUUAUCGCGAACAGCAGUAAGAUGGACAGACACAAAGUCCCGACAGAGAAAGGAGCCACUGGCCUUAGUAACCUUGGCAACACCUGCUUCAUGAACUCCAGUAUCCAGUGUGUGAGCAACACCAAGCCUCUGACAGACUACUUCAUCUCAGGGAGACACCUCUACGAGCUCAACAGAACCAACCCCAUUGGGAUGCGAGGUCACAUGGCCAAGUGUUACGGUGAUCUGGUGAUGGAGCUAUGGAGUGGAACGCAGAAGAAUGUAGCUCCGCUCAAACUCAGGUGGACAAUAGCAAAGUACGCCCCACGCUUUAACGGGUUCCAGCAGCAGGACUCCCAGGAGCUGCUGGCCUUUCUGCUGGACGGACUCCACGAAGAUCUGAACAGAGUCCACGAGAAGCCAUACGUGGAGCUGAAGGACAGUGAUGGCCGUCCUGACUGGGAGGUGGCUUCUGAGGCAUGGGAGAACCAUCUACGCAGGAACCGCUCCAUCGUGGUGGAUCUGUUCCACGGUCAGCUCAAAUCCCAGGUCAAGUGUAAGACCUGCGGCCACAUCAGCGCUCGCUUCGACCCCUUCAACUUCCUCUCCCUGCCUCUGCCCAUGGACAGCUCCAUGCAUCUGGAGAUCACAGUCAUCAAACUGGAUGGAUCUACCCCUGUUCGAUAUGGCCUGAGGUUAAAUAUGGAUGAGAAGUACACUGGGCUGAAGAAACAGCUGAGUGAACUGUGCAGCUUGAAGCCUGAACAAAUCCUACUGGCUGAGGUUCAUACCUCCAACAUCAAGAACUUCCAUCAGGACAACCAGAAGGUCCGCCUAUCUGUCAACGGUUUCCUGUGUGCUUUUGAGGUCCCAGUGCCGGGUUCACCUACAUCACUUACUUCACCCACCCUGACCGAUAUCACUCCAAUAGCCAACGGCUCAGCUGCUAAUGGGCACCUGGGAAAUCAGCCCAUCCUUAUCCCCAACGGCGGACCCAACACCAUGGUGCCAUGCAGCCCAGACACGCCGCUGCCCAACGUCGCCAACGGACACGUCACACACCAGUGCAGGAGAGCCCAUUUCAUUGGGUACAUCAUUGCCAUGCACAGGAAGAUGAUGCGCACAGAGCUCUACUUCCUGUCAGCUCAGAAGAACAGGCCCAGUCUUUUCGGGAUGCCGCUCAUCGUUCCCUGCACUGUCCACACUAGUAAGAAGGACCUGUACGACGCUGUAUGGAUCCAGGUGUCCCGACUGGCCAGCCCAUUGCCACCACAAGAAGCCAGCAACCACGCCCAGGACUGUGAUGACAGUAUGGGUUACCAGUACCCCUUCACUUUACGGGUUGUGGGUAAGGAUGGCAACUCUUGUGCAUGGUGCCCCUGGUACAGGUUCUGCAGAGGCUGUACAGUAGAGUGUACAGAGGACAGAGCGUCUGUGGGAAAUGCAUACAUCGCUGUGGACUGGGACCCCACCGCUCUUCACCUUCGGUACCAGACCUCCCAGGAGAGGAUUGUGGAGGAGCACUGCAGUGUGGAGCAGUCCCGCCGGGCCCAGGCUGAGCCCAUCAGUCUGGACAGCUGUCUGAAGGCCUUCACCAGCGAGGAGGAGCUGGGAGAGGACGAGCUCUACUACUGCUCCAAGUGCAAGACCCACCGGCUGGCCACAAAGAAGCUGGACCUGUGGAGGCUGCCGCCCAUCCUGAUCGUCCAUCUGAAGCGCUUCCAGUUUGUGAACGGUCGCUGGAUCAAGUCUCAGAAGAUUGUCAAGUUUCCGCGGGAGAAUUUUGACCCCAGCGCCUUCCUGGCUCCCAGAGACCUGGAGCAGCACUGCCUCCACUCCCGCAGCGAGAGCGAAGAUCUGCUGAGGGUCGGUGAGGACAACCUGUCCUCCAUCUCUGCCCCGGCAGGAUUCUGCAACCUUCCCAAAGCUUCCCCUGCCUCGAGCAGGAAGUCAGCACCUUCUCUCAGCCGGACUAGCAGCCCCUCCGGUAGCCCUAAGACCGGCAGCGGGGGCCGCAGGCCCGGUAGACUGCGCCUCCCCCAGUUGGGCAGCAGACACCGCCUCUCCAACAGCAAGGAGAACCUGGACGGGGUGGCCAACCCUGAGGCUGAUCCGCGGGACAGCACACCACAGGCAGACACAGAGGCCAGCGCAGCGGCCGGGUCGGGCCCCCCUGUGUCAGCAGACGCACCGGGCUCAGAGUCCUCCUGUGGUACAGAGGCGUCCAGCAGCCACUGUGACGUGGUUCUGAUGAACGGCGACAGCAACGGACUGGGCUCCGACUGCAGCACAGAGGGCAGCACGGACCCUGACAGCUCACUGCUGCAGCACAGAGACAACAUGUGUCUGGACGCCAUCUACAACCUCUAUGCAAUAUCAUGCCAUUCAGGAAUCAUGGGAGGUGGCCACUAUGUGACAUAUGCCAAAAACCCCAAUGAGAAGUGGUACUGUUACAAUGACAGCAGCUGCAAGGAAGUGCACUCUGAGGAGAUUGACACUGACUCCGCCUACAUCCUGUUUUAUGAGCAGCAGGGUGUCAAUUACUCCCAGUUCCUGCCAAAGAUCGAUGGCAAGAAGAUGGCCGACACCAGUAGCAUGGACGAAGACUUUGAGUCCGACUACAAGAAGUACUGUGUCCUCCAGUGAUCACAUGUUGUCUUCCCAUCAGCCAGCACUAUGCCCGCUCGCCGCUUCUUCUUCUUCCUGCUUUUGUCGGCAGGCAGCACCAGACGCUCGGAUAACUUUGAUCACUACUCACAAACUGCAAAAGGCCGGAGUGGGACUGUGGCCUCUUUGCCCUUAGGGAAGUGUCGCAGCACUUUUUACACUUGAUCGUGACCAUGAAUUGGACGGUUUGCCCUGUCAACGAUGAAGCCCCGGUGAAAAGCACUAAACUGGUGCACUUUGCUGAGCCUGACGAAACAAAGAAAACCCUCAAGUCAUUUCUUCCCCUUUGUGAACAGCCAUCACCAUAACACACAUGUAAUAUAUACUCUCUCAUUUCUGAAUGUACGCCAGUGUGGCCAAGUCAUGAAAUGAUGUGGCAUUGUUAUUGUGAAUUUAUCACUUGAACGUUCACAGCUGUUGUUAACAUGUGAUCUGAAUAUCUGCAAGAGAAUGAAGACCACAGAUUUAAUGGCAGCUGGGAAUGUGAGGCCAACAUAUGGAUCCGACUGUCUUUUAAAUGCCAAGUGAAAACAAAGCCCAUGAGUUUUGGAGCCUGUCUCCCAGGUGAAGUUAAGAUGGUGUCAAAAAGGGCUGGGCGAUGUAGGCCAAAGUGGUAUGAAGAAAUGUUCAUAUCAGUCCAUACUGUUCAUUAUCACCAUAAAUGCCAAAUUAUCAUUUCAUUUAAGUGCAAACGCUGAUUUUUGGUUCUGAGUGAAAGUUGUAGAAAGCAGGGAAUUAUUUGUGGUUUUUAAAUUAUUUGUAAAAGACAUAACAAACAGAUGUAAAGACUCAGCAAGAUGGACGUGAUAUUUUAGACCGUGAGAUAAAAAUGAUGUGAAUGACUCAACCAGACAAAAGUGACAUAAAAGAUGCAAUGAGACAAAACCAAGGAGAAAAAAGACUCGGAGGUAAAAAAGACAGAAAAAUCUUGAUGAAAGUGACAUAAAAGACGCUAUGAGACAGAAACCAUGCAAAAAUAUUCAACAAGACAUAAGCAAUGGAGUGAGAUGAGAAUGAUGUCAAUGAUUCAAACAAAACAAUGUAAAAGGUUUGUCAAAGAUGAAAUGGACGAGCAUGGGGACGUUUAGAAGAUGUGGAAUUAUAGUGAUUAAACCUGUUUUCUGCUCCAGGACACAGAAGGUAGACUUAAAUUAAUUAAGAGUGCAAAGCACCGAACAAGUGUUUUCGCUGAAUAAAUAAAUCCUAAAAAUAAAUGUAUAUUGCAGCAGUGAUAUUUAUCACAAAGUACAAUUCUGUCCAUUGUUUUAUCGCCCAGCCUUCGAAUCUAACCUGUUUGGUUUAAGGUUAGGAUCCAACAGAUGGACACGGGUUGGAUACUCUGACCCACUUUUAAAAAACGGUUCUCCAAAGGUUUUAUUUGCGCUUCUCUUCAGCCAUAGUGUCACUAGUCAACAAAAAAUAUAUAUAUAUCUCAUAUGCUACCUCAUCCAUUCCCUGUCGGCCAACUGUUCCCUAAACAUCUGUGACAGUAUUAAUAAUAAGAAGAAAUGCUUCCUAAUAGGAGACCUGGUGGACACAUUUCAGCAAAACAUUUCUCUUCCCCUGUCAGGAAUUCAUGCCUGAUGACGACAUGAAACGAGGCAUUUCUGCCGAACUGUUUUCUUUCACAGCUGCCAAAUAUCAGUGGUGAUUUGUGCAAUGUUGACCAGCAAGUACCCACAAUUCUCUGCAACUCAACAGUUCGAGUAAGAAUCUGGAUUAGUUUAGAGCAGGUGCCAUUAUUUCAAAAGAGAAAAAGUUUUUUUUAAUUACACAGAUGCAUUAUUUUACAAAGGAUUUAUUUUAUUGUGGGGUUUUUUAAUAUUAUUUUUUCAAUUUUGUUGUUAAAAAGCUGAGGGGAGAGUUAUCAGGAGUUACAGCCAGAGGUUUAUGUCCUUAACACUGUCACAGCCUUUCACAUACUGUUCAUGCCCCAGAGAUGAAAUCAAAACAAAUGGACAAAAAUGGGGAUUUCAUAGACCACAAAGACCCCAGGUUCAGUCUGUAAUGAGGGAACACUGCUACAGCCAUGUAUUAAGGACUCUGUCGGCUAAAAGAAAAAAUGUGGAGUCGUGGGAAAAAAGUAAAUGGAUCAGAAAUGUGAAAAUUCUCUGAGAUCCUAAAAUCGUACAUUUAUGAGAUAAAAACAAAAAAAUAGUCUGAGAUUAAAUUCUCAAAUGUACAAAAAAUGCAGAUAUUAUGUCAAAUUCAAGCCAUGAAUUUUCAAGAAAAAAAGCCGUAUUGUUUCUGACAUAUGUGAUGAGUAAUCACAUUUACAGUCACAUAUUCAUGAGAAGGAUAAAAAAAACUAGAUUACAGGAAAAAAAAACUCGAAAGAAUGAAUUCUCUGCAACAAAGUCACAAAUUUACAAAAUAUCAAAAAAACUUGGACAUUUAUGGGACAGAAUUUGUAUGUUCACUGACACAAAGUUGGCAAAAAGUCAGAAAAAAACACAGUUUGGAACUUGGAAAAAAUAAUGUUUUAGUGACUUUAAUCUUUGAGAAUUUUAGUUUUUUCCCCCCUUAGUCUUUUUUUUUCCUGCAGUGGCUCUAAUACAGCCAUAAUGCACAUCAAAUACAGUAUGUGAAAUAAAAGGGUCUUGAAGGUGACUCCUGCAUAAUUGCCAAAUUUUAUGGAACUUUUAAGGUGAUAUUACACAUGUAUGGUACACAUAAAUAUGUGUUCACAAACUACAAACUGGUGAAAUACCAAAAUUAAAUCCUCUCUCACUAGUGAAUAACUUGUGGUAAUUUCUGGAAGGGCCCUAAAGUGUAACUGUAAAGGCACUGCGUUACCUUGGUCAUUUUAAGCUAAUUAUCUGGACCGCUGGCGUAAUUUAACAUCAUUUCUUUACAAAUGUGUUUUAUUUUCCAGUAUAUGAAAGACAGAAUAUUCACUUCGAGCUGUGUAUUCAGAGAUUUCUCUUGAAACUCAAGAGAAACUCAACUUACUCUGGCAAAUAUUGAGUGGUUUUAGAGAAAGCAUUAGAGCUGAUACCUGAUGUAAAUGUCCUGUUUGUGUGUAACCAAAGCUUCAGUUACUGUACAUGUGAAAGUGCACAGCGCUGAGUCCAGCACUCGACCCAUCCCUGUCGUCGUCCUGUUUCAUGCAGACUUCCUGUUGGUCCUUUUAGCUGAAGGACUGCUCGCUGGUGUUGCGGUUGCUUUGGUAUCCGCUGCAUGUGUAGCAGUGCGGUGUGUGGACAUUCUCCUCUUUUCAGGGGCUCGGUCUAAUCACUGUGAACAGACUGCAGACGUUUAGCGGCUCCUGAACACUUUUCUGCCACUAUGUCUUCUAGAUCACAGGAGGAUGCAUCUGUGUUCACUUGUUUUUUUCUUUUUAGCUGCUGUAUUUAUGAAGAGGAGCCGGUCAUUCCGGAUGUUUUUGGAGAAAUUUGUCACUGAAUGGAACUUUAUUUUCCUUUUGAGAGUACGUUUGUUGAACAAAUGGAAAUGUACAGAUGAGUGCUAUUUAUGUUGGCUUCUUGCUCAGCUUCUUCGUCCUCCCUCCCUUUGCUUUCCAUCCACUGUAGACCAUCUCCAGUUUGUGUCUGUGCUUGAAACAUCAUCACACGGCUCAAAGGGAAAGUGUCUGAAGACCCCUCAUUACAUUUGCUUAAUUUGAAGGUGCAAUAGCUGUCAAGUCAUGCCCCCCCCCCCCCCCCCCCCCCCUUUUCUGGCUGGUGAAUGUGCCCUGUAACAACUACUCCUACUAGCAAAAAUAGACAUUAAAUGUUAGCACAAAUUUUGUAACCUAGAUUGAAACUAAACGGAGCUUGGACGCUGAAACGGGCUUCAUUUCAGACUUGUUUCCUGUAAAACCACAGGGCUGAAACAUUUAGCCCCUUCUUUCCUCUUCGAGCCCCACCUCACAAAACUAGUUUGGAGUGUCGGCAGGCAGUGCAAUCUACUACUGAGCUGUCGGUGUGUGUAGCCUCUUUUUAUUUAAGUUCGUUUCUGUCCGAUCUGAACCAGACGUGUUAAUUUAAUGAACCUUUUUGUAAGGUGUUUGUUGAAAGAAAGUGACAUUGCACUGACAUGAAAACAUGUACAUAGAAUAAUGUGUUUUGUAAAUAAGCCAAUGAAAGCUAUGUAUUUGAAUAUGAACUGUACAAAAUCCUGUACUUGUAGUUGUAUAUGGAGUGAUACUGUUGAUCUGUAACAAAUACCCAAGCAACAAAUUAAAUUCUGCAGAGGAAACGAUAA